AUGCAGCUCUUGGCGCAGCAAAAUCUGCUCUUGGAGGUUAUGCUGCGCAACGCUCCUUCCACAACGGCCGAGGAUGCCACGCGCUUCUUCGCUACAUUGUGUACGACAGCAGUGCCGGCUGCUGGCAAUCUCCUGACUGUGGGCAGUGGUGAUAUGACUUUCCUACUGCACAGUCCGAGCUGUCAGCUGUAUGUCCGAAAGUGCUAUCCGGACCUUUUCAAGGCCAUCUUCGAGUCGACGAAAACAAGGUUUGUUGUUACCGGGACGCCUAGGAUUGGCAAGAGUUACUUCUUUUACUACAUGCUGUUGCGGCUGCUGCACAGCCCAUCACCACCGCCCUUCAUCCUUUGGGAGCACUUCGGAAAACCUGGUGUAGUGGUGGGUUACACCCUUGUAUUAUGCUGUAUCGUGUGCUGGUGUGUAUAA